GUCCUGUCUCGACUGACGUUGGACAAUAAAGAUGGCGGCAGGAACCAGCAACUAUUGGGAAGAUCUCAGGAAACAGGCUCGACAGCUGGAAAAUGAACUUGACCUGAAACUAGUUUCUUUCAGUAAAUUAUGUACAAGCUACAGUCACAGCAGUGCCCGAGAUGGAAGACGCGACAGGUAUAGUUCUGACACAACACCCCUUUUAAAUGGAUCAAGCCAAGACAGAAUGUUUGAAACAAUGGCAAUUGAGAUUGAACAGCUUUUGGCAAGGCUUACAGGAGUAAAUGAUAAAAUGGCAGAAUAUACCAGCAAUGCAGGUGUCCCCUCCUUGAAUGCAGCACUGAUGCAUACAUUACAGCGACAUAGAGACAUAUUGCAGGAUUAUACACAUGAAUUCCAUAAAACCAAAGCAAACUUUAUGGCAAUACGGGAAAGGGAGAAUCUCAUGGGAUCAGUACGAAAGGAUAUUGAGUCAUAUAAGAGUGGGUCUGGAGUAAACAAUAGAAGAACUGAACUAUUUUUGAAAGAACAUGACCACCUUCGAAACUCAGAUCGUCUGAUAGAAGAAACAAUAAGCAUUGCUAUGGCAACAAAAGAAAAUAUGACUUCACAGAGAGGAAUGUUAAAGUCAAUUCAGAGCAGAAUGAACACUUUGGCCAAUCGUUUUCCUGCUGUGAACAGCCUGAUACAGCGGAUCAACCUUAGGAAGCGGCGAGACUCACUUAUCCUGGGUGGUGUUAUUGGUGUCUGUACUAUUCUAUUGCUGCUCUAUGCUUUCCAUUGAUGGUACAUCUCCAGGGACUCUUGACAACCACCACUUUCACGCCCUGAUCUGGAAUAAGGAAAAGAGGGAGGGAGAAGUUGAUUGUCCUGAUGAUUAAACCUGACCAGCAAGAUUAAUUCAAGACUGAUAGUGAUGGACUUUGCAAUAUGGUCAAGUUGAGCUGAAGCCACAGAUUUUCUGUGCUAUCUUUUCUAACACACAUUUCUCCCUGUUUUUGAUUUUAAAAAAACGUUUUCAGUUAUUUUUGUCUCCCUAGGAGGUAAGUAAACCAAUCAGACACAGAGAUUCUGUGCUUCAGAGAUAGUGUGGAAACCCGAUGACAAGCCAGGUCUCACAGCUGGAUUCUCCAGAACACCGGGUUUCUUUGUAUCCAAAGGCUAUUAUUCUUUCAGCCACCAGAUUGGGCUGUAAAUAAAAGUAGCUCUUGUCCUUUUAUUUCCCACUUGAAAUAAGAAAUGGCAAGAAAUUACAAACCAGUUCUUGAUAGUCUGUGCUAUAGAUUUCUACUCCAUGUCCCCAGUUCUUUUGGUAUUCCAGGAAGAUUCCAUUUUUCUCAGAUUCUUUGAGAUGCUGACACAUCAACCUCAGCAUGGCUGAAGUAGUCUGUAAACAGAAGACAAAUGCUGCAAUAAAAAGCUUUUUUUUCUUUUGUUUUCUUUUUAUUGUGAACACACUGGGGUUAACUAUAUCACUGGAAAAGCAUCAAGAAUGAUGGAUUUUUUUUUAAGGAGACAGUCAUUUUCAUUUUUUUAUUUCUUCCAUUGGAUUAAUAUAUGCUACUACAAAAAAAUGAGAUGUCAGUUCUACCAUGUCAAAAGAAACUAAUAGCCAGUGUCUGUCAAUGCCCCCAAACUAUUCCUCAUCAAGUUGAGAUUAACACUAAUACUGAGUGAGGAGACUGCUCAAUUUUCAAAGAGAUCUAUUCGACAAGCCAGCUGUAAAAAGACAUUGAGGGGUUGCCAUCCAAAUAAUUCCAUUUGUAAAUUCUCCACAAUUAAUGAGCAAAAGUUUGAGAACUGCCUGAUGUUCUAGGAAUUCUGUGUUCUGUGAAAACCUGUUCAUUCCAAACCUGUUAAGCUUUUCCAAACAUCCAGAGAAUGGUUUCACUGCUGAAGGUACUUGUGACAGACUGUUUCCAUCUGUACCUAUCUCUCUUAACUGUCCCCGAACAGUGACAAAAUUUUAAAUGGACGCCAGAGUUCUUUUCAAGUUUAACCAUUUUCUCAGUUUCUGUGAAUUCAUUAUGUCUUGUCUAACUGAACUACCACAAAUAGUUUGAAGACUUCAACAGCUGUACUUCUCACCAAGAAAGAAGGUUGCUCUUCACCAUGGGAUUUACUAUGGUAUUUAGAAUUUAGGUUUCCAACUGCCACAGGGAAUAAAAGGAUAUUAGCAUGUAGUUUUUUUUUUUAACUACAUCAUGCUGUGUGAAUACUGUUGUUCAGAUGAACUUGAUAUACAGGCUGAUGGGUAGGCUGACACCCAGUGAUACAGAGACUGCAGAGGUUUUUCAUUCUGGCGUCAAAAGUUUUACUACAUUCUGGGUAGGAAGGGCAUUUUAUAUAUUUUUUUUAAUUAUGGGGUUUAUUUUUCUAAAUAUGGGUUGAUUGAUCAACUAGUUGCUUGGGGAUGCCCUUAAAAGAAAGUUAAGUUUUUUCAGUGUGAACCUUAAAGGAUCAGGGAGUUAAGUUCAUUUAUUAAAUUCUCUGUUGGGAGAACAAAACUUCUCUUUCCUGACACUUUAUUAUCUUUGAUUUUUCAAAGGGCCUUGAUCGGUGGUUGUGCCUCAGCUAGAAUUUAUAGGACUUUAGGUUGCUAUAUAUUUGGCAUUUAUAAAAUCUGAAGUAUCACAAAUAAAAUUAUUUAUUUAAUUAUACUGCCAGUCUUUUUUACUGGUCUGAUUAUUUGGUGCAUUCAUUAAAGCUGAUUGUAUGAAAGUAAAAUGAGGACACGAGCUGAUCUAUCUUGCUGCAACUAAGCAAACAAUUUUGAUGGCUGAUGAGCCUUUCCAUUAGGGCUAUAUGAAGUAAUAGAAUUUUGUUGGUUAUUUUCUUUAUGGAAAUAAAGAAACCAGUUCUUCCAAGGAAGUUGAAAAGGCUUGGUAUAGAUGUUCUGACAAACCCCUCAGUGCUGUAGCACAUAAUGAGGUGUCCCUGGGCCAAAUGUGGAUGGACAGGGCUCUUCCUUACCUCUUGUGGCUUUUGCAGAAAGAAACCCCGAAGCAAGAGAAUGGACGUGUGCCAUUCACUGCGCGGGGCUCAUUUUGCAUACCGUGAUAGCUGAUUUGAACUCUCCUUCAGUUUCAUGCCAUUUGACGUAUUUUUUUAUUAACCAUCUUCAUCUUCUCCCCUUUAUUGCUGUCCUCCAUACAGACCAGUUGCUAGGCUCAGGGGCCAACAGUAAAUUACUUGUUUAUACAGUCAGAACCAGGAGAACAGAAGGAAUUUUCUAUUCCUGGUCCCAAGUAAAUGUUACCUCUUAAAAUUAUUCUCCCUUAGUGAUUGUCUUAUACAGUGAAUCUUUCCUUUCUUUUUAGUAACCGCUCAAAACUUUGUAUUUCACUGGCUAAUAUGAAAAACCAUGGCAACAAAAAGGACAGAAAAUUCCAAAAGGUGUAUUUCUGAGAUUUUGUCUUAAUGUGUACUGAUUACCUUGCCUUAGUAAAGAUGUUUGAUCUGUUAGUCAAAUGCAAGCCCAGAUAUCCAUCCUGGCAAUCUCCACAUUCUUUUUAUUAUUAUUAAUGAUCCUGAAGGAUUCCCAUUAUUCUCCCCUUUGUAUCAAAAUUCACUUUUACAGAAUGGCUUUUUCUAUACCUCCCAGAACUCAGAUCAGGGACGGGAGUAAAACCCUGAGAAUGGAGACAGAUGGUGAGAGAGCACAUCAUGAGGGCACAUUUUGUACCUGAAACCAGGUAAUUACCUUAGUCUUCCCUACUGGAUGCUGAAUACAUCUGAUCUGAAUAGGAAAAUGUACUUACUGAGCCUUUUGAUGCAAAUCAAUUAAUGACUUUUAGGCUGUAGGAAAUUGAGUCGUUGGACUUGCAUUCCCACCAUUAACUUUCUAUUUCACUUUUAAUCUCAACCUGAUGAAAAUGCCUUUAAAGAACUGGACUACCCUUUUUGGUUUCUAAUCCCUCAUGUUUACUCCUUAGCCUGAUAUGAUUUUGGGGAACUGAUAGACUGUGUUUUCUAAUAUGAAAUACUAAGUUGUUGGGGAUAAAUGGCCAUGAACUUUGUGUCAAAUGUAACUAAAGAACAAAUGGGUUCCACUACUCAGAAAAUUACAGUGAUGGGUUCCAGUCUCCCUUUGGGUUAGGGGUUGUUUAUCCUGGUCUCCAAAAAGAUGCAGCUUUUCUUAAUGGUCUUGAUAAACUACUCUUGUUAUUCCUUUAUAGACCAACAUACCCUUAGUUUUUAUAGGGGAAAAGAAAAUGACAGGAACAACUGAAUUUUAAGGAUGUGAGCAUUAAGGAUAGGAAGUGGAGACAAAACUGAGCCAUGUUCUGAGGGAUCUUUCUCCUUUUCUUUAUGCUUUAAAUUUCACUUUAGUAGCGAAGUAUUUGCAUCCGUUUCCAUCCAGUUAAUUCUAAGGGAGGAAAAUCAAUUCCAAUCUCACUUUACCAUGAUGGAGGAUGUUUCCUCAUGAAAAAUGCCAAUACAGAUUUUUAAAAAUCUAUUCUUUUCCAAAUGCACUUUCUAAUUUUUUGCUUUUAAAAUAGCUUCUUGGAACCAAUUUUAUUGUAUUUGUACUUAAUUUUUGUUCUCAUCUAAUGUGCAUUUUCUGACUGUAUAGAAGAAGCUUUGUUAAGUAAUUUAAUAAAUUAGAAAUCUAAAUCA